GCAUGGUGCCUGUGUGUAAAUGCAAGUUUUCAACUUCAUCUGUGUCUACCUCUUCAUUCUCGCCACGAGUCAAGUUCAACUCUUCUUCAAUAUACUCUAUGGUACUCAGUCCAUCUUUCCUCAAAUUUUUGUGGCGAUUGAUGCUGUAGUGGGCGCGUUCUUGUGCUUGAUCGCUUUGGCGGGUGCACAGCAGGGUGGUUGCGCCGCGUAGAUACGAGUCUCACAUUUUUUUAGGGGAGGAGCUGCGUGUUGCGCCGAUAAGUUUGAAGCCUACAGUGGACGGAAUUUGGCAAAUCUUAGUUCCCUAGAUAGCUACUGGUAUAGUCUACAGCUGUAAACCUUUAGCCUUGGGUGGAUGUACGCCGGUCGCGCUGCUAAUCUGUGUAAAACGAUAUUUUUUGUUCCUCCGCUUACUUUUUAUUUUUUUCAGUCG